AUGGCUGCUGCCGGAGGGCUUCACACCGUUCUUCUCCGGAGUGAUGGCAACGCCGUGGCUUGGGGGAUGGUAAAAGCUGGCCAAUGCGUGAUUCCCCCUUUGGAUGAAGGACUUUCGUACACUCAGGUUGCCGCGGGCUGGCUGCAUACCGUUCUUCUCCGAAGUGAUGGUUCUGCUGUUGCUUGCGGAAGAAAUAGCCAUGAACAAUGCGACAUUCCUACGCUGGAUGAGGGGAUGUCGUACACCCAGGUUUGUGCAGGUCAUGUUCAGACAGUCCUUCUUCGAAAUGACGGCAAUGCUGUGUCCUGUGGAAGGCAAACGUCCAAGAUUUUGCCAUUGGAUGAGGGAUUUUGGUACACCCAAGUGGAUGCAGGCUAUAAUCAUAUUGUGCUUCUUCGAAACGACGGCCGGGCUGUUGCGCUUAGCAGGUUUAACCAUCAUGGCGAAUGCAACAUUCCCGAUUUGGAUGAGGGAAUGUCAUACACCCAGGUCUCUGCAGGCAAGAAUCACACAGUUCUGCUUCGAAGCGAUGGUUGCGCCGUUGCUUGUGGAUGCAAUCAUGAUGGACAAUGUGACAUUCCCCCUCUGGAUGAGGGAGUGUCAUAUACCCAGGUCUCUGCAGGAGAUCACACUGUGCUUCUUCGAAGUGAUGGGAAAGCAGUAGCUUGCGGACGCAAUGAAUCCAAGCAGUGCAACAUUCCAGCGUUGAACGACGACGGAGUGGUCUACACACAAGUUUCUGCAGGGGUGACUCAUACCGUGCUUGUCCGAAGUGAUGGUGUUGCUGUAGCUUGCGGGAAGAACCACUACAAACAAUGCAGGAUUCCUGCUCCAGAGCCGGGGAUCCGGUAUGUCUGCGACCAUGCGGUACACCCGGUACGAGGCAUGGACUUUGUUUGUCAACUAGUUUUUGAUGCUCAUGACGGCGUAGUUGCGCUGAUAUGUUCUGGCAUGGCCGGGCACGAAGUCUUACGCUGGAAGGCGCUUGAGUCCGAGCCGGCCUUUGAUGCGCAAGCGUACAUUGCACGUGAGUUGAGAGUCAACCUCAGGAGUCUACGAGUUGUCUUGCCUGACGGGCAGUUGUUGGCCUCGGUCUGCCGUGCGAAUCCGCUUGUCACACUGGGCGAUGUGAGUGCCACCUGCAAGCCUUAA